GCCGAUCUCCGUCGAGUAAUAAUUGUACCAGCAUGCAGCAAUCAAACGAGAGAUUGUUCUCUUGCACACUUUGCGAUGAACUUUUAGGAGAAUCUUCUCACUCUACAGAAUGUGGACACAUAUUCCACUUAAAUUGUAUUAGGAAAUGGUAUAGGUUUAAAGCACGCUCAUGUCCGACUUGUAAAAGCCAUAUAGCCCAAGUCAUCAAACUUUUUCCAACGGACAGUCAAUUAUUUACAGUUAUAACCACAGAAGAAAUGGCCUCGUUACACAAGCAAUUAAGUAAUGUUAAGAUGUCCAAUAUAAUGUACCAGUUCAGAAUGAAUGAUCUCACAUCAAAACUUAAUACCUCUGAGGAUAAUUUAAAAGAAAGCCAAAUUGCUUUUAAUGAGAUAAAUGCCAUAUAUUCAGAUCACCUUAAUGGUAGUAAUGAGAUUAAUAUAAAUCCAAAGAAAGAUGCAUCUGAAGAUUACAAAUUUAACGAAGAGAGAAGUAAAAGGAUUUUAUUGCAAAAAGAGGUAUACGAAUAUCAGGCAAGGAAUUCGGCUGAGCUCAACAAAUUAAAAUCUGAAAUAGAAAAGUUAAAAUCAGAAAUAGCGUUUGAACAACCAAGUACAUCGUCAAAGAAUACUAGAAGGAAAAUAACACUUCCACGUCAAAUACAGUCUCCUAAGUUUCAGCCAUCCCCUGAUGGUUUUCUAUCAAAUUGUCAUUUUUGGAUUGUCGAUGAUCUUAGAAAAGUAGCAGGAGCGACCAAUCACUUAUAUUUUAAUGAACAUUGUAUUCAGGAGCAUGGUGGAACCAUUGCAUAUCAUUAUACAAAUAUGGUUACACAUGUGAUUGGUAUCUCCCAAAAAAAUGUUGAAGUUCUUAGAGGUUUAAAUCAACAUAAAAAAUGCGUAACUGAUUACUGGCUCGGGGAUAUUAUUGGUGCAAAGAAAAUAAUAAAACCUUGGCUAGCUCAUCAUUUACCGAUACCAUACAGUGAAGAUAAUUUGCCAUACCAAAAUAAACAAAUAGCCAUUGCCAAUUUUAGCAAAAAUGACUAUUAUAAAGUUAGAGCAAUGGUUGAAGUGACUGGUGCUACGGUCAACAAUAAAAUUUCCCGUAGUACUUACAUCGUAAUUGCUCUGAAAUUAGAAGGUGCAAUGAUAAACAAAGCUUUAGAUUUUAAAAUACCAGUGGUUAAUGUGAAAUGGAUGAAUGAUAUACUUCUCGGUGUAAAAAUUAGUUUAAAACACUUUGACCGCAAAAAAUACCAAAAAUAUGAUUUGCCCAAUCCAUAUCAUAUUAGUUAUAAUAAAGUAUCACAUUUAAUGGAGGCUUGGGACGAGCGUCCAAAAAUUCCUAAAUUCAAAUUACCAUCUAAUAAAAUCAAUAAGUCUCCUAUGACAAAAAAAAGAAUAGAAACAUGUGUUAAACAAGAAUUAUUACCAUCUGGUGUGAAUAAUGGUGAUGGCAAUAACACCACUACUUAAACUGUACCACAAUUUAUGUCUUCUGGGUAUCUUGCAAAAAAAGCAAUAAAGGAGACCAAAAACUAACAACAAUCAUUACUAAAGAACAGCAAUCAAUUUUCCAUGUGAAUUUACAACUGACUACUUGAAAGUAAAAUCAAAACUGCAUAUACUCAGUAAAGACAUGGAAAACCAUAUGGGUAAACUGGAACUUUAGUUAUAACAAUCAAAUUAUCGUAAAUUGUAUAAUUACCUAUAUAAUGUAGAUACUAUUAUUAUUAUUAUUAUUAUUAUUAUUAAUAUUAUUAUUAUUAAUUCUAUGAUUAUUAUUAGUAUUUUUAUGAUUAUUAUUUUACACUAGUAUUUUAGAGAAUAUGACGUUCUUUUUGUUUAAUUAAAAUGUUGUGAACGUGGAGUGCACGUCGUCUCUCGUUAUUAUUAUGUCGAAAUUUCAAGAAUAUUGUAAUGAAAAUAAUAGUAAUUAUUAUUAUAUUUUGAUCCAUUAUUAUUGCUAUAAUAGGUACCUAUGUGACCUAUGUGUUAGAGACGGAUUUGCCCUAGGCAAAUUUUAUUUUAAUCUAAAUCAGUUUUAUAAAUUUGGCAAAAGCUUUUAGCUUUUUCUGAUAUUUCAUUUUGCCAUAAGUUUUUAAGUAUGUUUAAAAAAGAAAAAGGUUCACAAAAAUAUUUUUUUUUGAAGCUCAUUAUUUAACUUAUAAAUUAUUGUUAAAUAAUAUGUAUUAAUGAUUUCUUCCUAUGUCGCCCGCAUUAGUAUUGAAUAUAUCAAUUUAUCAUUAUGUAUAAUGUAUGUAUUGUGUGUUGACUUGGACGUUUAUUGUAAUGUAUUUUAAAGAAGAAAUGUUAAUUAA